AUGGCUUCAAUAUCGCUCGAAUACGAAGGUUACAGAUCAUCACUAACAAUAUGUGAUGUGUCGACAAAAUCAAAUUUAAAAGAAGGUAACAUAGGUGAGACGAAGGCUCUACCUUGGUUAGGCGUGUUACGCGUACAUAUACACGAAGGUGAAUCUUUCAAAGUAGCCUUAACUGGAACAGUACUGGUGACGAAGAGUUACUGUAUAACUAACGCUGAUGAUAUUGCUAACAUUCCUAGUUUUUUAUUUAAGAGAGAAGCGAAGGCAAUGUUCAUCAUAAAUGAUAAUAAAACUUGGUCCAGCGGUGUCAAAGGUUUUGUGCUUCAUCCGGAGUAUGAGUACGCGACCUACAAUACUAUUGCUUUAGUGGAACUGACGGAUUACCAAGAUUUGAUAUAUCAUUAUAUUUCAGAACACAGAUUUUUAGAAAAAGUAAUUUAUAAACUGGAAUUCGUCGAACAACCGCUUUGCACCGAAUUCUACAACCGACUUGGGUUUAGAACCGAUGCAUUACAUACCCCGACAAGCUACUUCUGUGCUUUUGCUAAGAAUAACAAGAAAAAUUGCGCAUGGGAUAACGGAAUGGCUCUUGUAUCGAAUACGACUGGUCCUUGGAUGUUUGUCGGUUUUGGUCUCAAAGGGCCAGGCUGUUCAGCUCCCAGUCGCUUUUUGGACAUAUCAUCAUACAAGCCUUGGAUUGAAUCUUCCACGGAUAUAGUACCAUAUUAAAUAAAUAAAUUUUACAAACGUG